GUUAAGUAAAAAUGAAAGUACGCUACUAGGCUACAUAGAUAGAUAUAUACUUGAUUGAAGUAGCCUACAGAUUCCAAAAUAAAAAUAAAUAAAUGAAUAAAUAAAACUUAAGGAACGUUACAAUUUAGUUUUUACCAAUGGACAAGACAGAAUUCUAUGAAGAUGCCAGUGCUGCAGUGGAAGACUGUCGGCCAAUGGAAGGAGUGUUCCACAGCCACCUGGAUGACAGGGUGCGGCCUUACAUAGACCUGAUUGACUCCCUCAGGAUGAUCGGCAUUGAGAAGGACCUGGCCUUGCCCACCAUCGCUGUGAUCGGGGACCAGAGCUCUGGGAAGAGCUCCGUACUGGAGGCCCUGUCUGGGGUGGCACUGCCCAGGGGGAGCGGAAUUGUGACCCGCUGUCCUCUUGCGCUGAAGAUGAGAAAGUUGAGAGGAGGGAUCCAAUGGAAGGCCAUUAUCUCCUACAAAGAUGAGUUAAUCGAGUUUGAUGACCCAUCACUGGUGGAAGAGUAUGUGGCUGAUGCGCAGGACAAGCUGGCUGGGGCAGGGGUGGGAAUCUGUGAUGAGCUCAUCUCUUUGGAGAUUAGCUCUCCUGAUGUGUGUGAUCUCACCCUGAUUGAUCUCCCUGGAAUUGCCAGGGUUCCUGUUAAAGGUCAGCCGGAUGACAUUGGAGAUCAGAUCAAAACUCUCCUCCUGAAUUUUAUUCAGAAGAGUGAAACCAUUAUAUUAGUUGUGGUUCCAUGUAAUGUUGACAUAGCAACAACUGAAGCUUUGAAGAUGGCACAGGAAGCUGAUCCUGAGGGGAAAAGGACUCUCGCAAUUCUGACCAAGCCAGACCUGGUUGAUAAAGGGACAGAGAAGAAUAUUCUAGAAAUUGUCCGAAACCAAGUGAUCCCACUCAGCAAGGGCUACAUCAUUGUGAAGUGCCGGGGCCAGAAGCAGAUUGAUGACAAGAUCUCCCUGUCUGAUGCCACCAGAGCAGAGAAAGAUUUCUUUAGGCGCCAUGAGUACUUCAGUGGCCUUCUGCAUGAGGAGAAAGCCAGCACAGAGUGUCUUGCAACAAAACUGACCCAAGACUUGGUGGAUCACAUAAAAAAAUCCCUCCCUCUCAUCUCUGAGCAAAUUACGAAGCAGCUGUGGGACACCAGGAAGAUGCUGAGUCUGAUUCCAAGUGGGCCCCCUCUGGAUCCCCACCAGAGGAAGAUGUACUUCAUCGAUACACUAACAGAGUUCAACGACAAGAUAAACCGAUUAUCCAAUGGGGAGGUUGUCAUCCAAGAGAACUUGUUCAUCCUGCUCCGAUCUGACUUUCAAAAGUGGAAAGAUCACCUGGAUGGCACCAAAGAAAGAUUUCACGAAACGGUGCAUGAAGUCGUGAAGGAGUACGACCGGAAACACAGACGUCGUGAGCUGCCUGGGUUCAGCAACUACAGUGUAUUUGAGAUGGUCGUCCAGAAGCUGGUGGUGGAGCUAACGGGGCCAGCUAUAGACACGAUGAAGAGCAUCAGAGACACAGUCCAGAAGCAGUUCAUCGACGUGGCUAAAACCUGCUUCAUGAAUUAUCCUUAUCUUCAGUGUGUUUCAUCGAACAAGAUAGACAACAUACAAUCAACACAGGAGGCCCUGGUAGAGGAGAGGAUCAUGGAACAAUUUGAAAUGGAGCAGCUGGUCUAUACACAGGACAGCAUCUACUACAAAACCCUGAAGGACACUGCUAACCAGGAGGCCUCAGAGGAUAACUGCGGAGAAUUUGGCAGCAGAUCCAACUACCCAGACAUGCUCAAGGCCUACUACGAGAUUGUCGUCCAGCGGCUGGCUGACCAGGUGCCGAUGUUGAUCCGCUUCUUCCUGCUGAAGCAGUCGGGCCGGAUGUUGUGCAGGGAGAUGCUUAACCUGAUGGAUGGAAGCAAUGUCAACGAGAUCCUGCGUGAGGAGUCGGACUUGAGCCGCAAGAGGAUCGAAAUGCAGAACCGCCUGGAGCGUCUCACGCUGGCCCAGAAAAAGUUCUCCAGUUUCUUCUGAGGAAGAGAUGGCACUGCAUCACAACAACCUUAUUUGUACAUAGAUCUGCGCACAUGCUUAUUUCCCAUGCCAGCUUCAUGAUUUCUCAAAUUUCUGUAGAAUGUGGGAAAGUCCAGACUUUGCAUGAUGGCUGAAAAUUAAGUUAAAAUUGAGUUAAACAGAGACAGGCUUUCAUCUGCUCAGGUGUGUUUUUGCAAGAAGAGUAAUUGACUGCAUUUCAUGAGGAAAUUAUUAUUCUCGGACAGCCACUAAUACAAUAAAGAAGACCACAUGAUUGAUGUUAACACACAUUGCCAAUUAAGAAUCAAUUGAGAAAAUUACCCUUACAAUACAUAUGUGUACAUGUUUGUGAGUAUACAGUAGUGUGCAGUAAUGAUUAUACACUUAAACAGAAACCAAGUACUAUUCAAAUAUUUAUUUCAUGUAAUAUUGGUUCCUGUAGAUGAAAAUAAGGAAACAGAGCUCCUUCCGUCGUGCCAUCAUGUUUUAACACUGUGACACUGCUCAAAGUUUGUGUUACCUUAAAUACUGGAACAACUGACCAUCAGAAGUCAUUUUGCAGAAUAUUGUUGCUUCAAACCAGUUUAAAAAAAUUGAUUAGCAUCAACAAUCAUUUGCAUUCAUGCUAUGCAAAAGUCUUCCGUUUUCAGUGUUUCUGUUUAUUAGCCCAAUGUUGUGGGAAUGAUUUUUUUGUUCUCAUUGCCUACAAUAGUAUUGUUCAAUACAUUUUCACCAAAACAUUUUAAACUUUUUUUUUAAAGAAGUAAUAUAUUAGGACCCCUUUUAGACAAACGUGGUGGUGUAUAAUCAUCACUGCACACUACUGUAUGUAUAUGUAUGUGCAUAUUUAGGAAUGCCUAUAGGUAUGAUCGUAAACCAUGGUAUAUGGACAGGUUGGUGAAUGUAUUUACUGCAUGUGAGAUUGUAUAUGAGGGUCUUGCUAGCCGUGUGGGCUGUGUAUCCUGAUGCAUGACACCUGACAAUAAACUAUUCACUCAUUCAUUCAUUCA